AACAGCACCCCGACCCCCAUAUUACUCACUCAGGCGCUCAUUCAUAGCACUCGCUCGCAUACGCACUGCUCCUGCAUAGUGGUCAACCGAACGGCCUCCGCGGACCCCUCGCUGGGGAGACACAGCACGAAUCCUCCCGCAUCCACCAGCACCAGCACCAGCACCAGCCGCCUCACCGCCAGCGCCCCGCGCCGUGGUCCUGCCCGCGCAAGGCAUCGCCUGAACACACACCAGCGUCCGUUGCGAGCUGCCGCUGCGAACACCAGCUCCCCGCGUAUCCGCCCGCAUCGCGUGUUGCUCCGCACUUUGGCACCCGCAAGCGACCCUCACCCAAAAAGUCUUCCUUGGCAAGCCGGGCGAGUGCGAAUGUGCCACGCAACAUAGCGAACACUGCGGACUGAAGAGCGUACAUGGCCAACUACGGGAACCAGCAGGGGGGAGGCCCGCCGCAGUAUGGCCAGCCCACGGGAGGUGCUAGAGACGCCGCGUUUGCGAACAUCUUCGGUGCGAGUCCUGCCAUGGCCGGCCGCUCGCAGACCAUGACCUCGCAGUCGCACAUGAGGAUGCCGGAUAGGGCGGCGACUAUGUCUUCCCAGACGUCCGACAUGAUGCAGCGUAUGCCGCCCAUGCGGCAGCCCGUCAAUGGCUAUGAUCGACGCCCUCCAGCGCCCUACGAUCAGCGCGCCCAGUCCAGCUACGACGCGCAACGCCCACAGAGCCAUGAUCAGCCGCCGCAGAACUACCAACGCCCAAUGCAGCCGUCAAACGGUUACCCUCCAGACCCGCGCUUCUCCCAGGGAAUUCCUCAGCAGCGCCAGCCGCAGCCGCAGUAUAUGCCUCAGCCCCUACGGCCAGAGCGUCAGCCAUACGGACAGCCUCAGCGUUUCGACUCGCGGCCCUCGCCUCCUGGCCAGCUUCCCUUCAACAAGCCGAUGCCUCCGCGCUUCCCGAGUGCUGGUGGGCCAGCGCUGAACAAUGACCCCUAUCGGUCACAGUCUCUCGCAACGGGCCCUCGACCACAAUUCAAUGCUCCUGGCCAGGGCUACCAGUCACCAGCAAACACCUUCCGCCAGCAACCAUAUAUGAAUCACAUGGCCAGAACUACUGCUCAGGGUCGUGUAGUUCCCGAACGUCCGGAUGAGCGAACAAUGUCCAUGACUUCGUACCGAGGCGAGAGCGAAUUUGGACCGCAGCAGACUAUGAUGAGCGGAAGGGUCAUUCCUGGGCGUAGACGGGAAUCAGGCGGACAAGAAGUGGCGCCCGGCGACCAGAGGUCUCCUGCAGUUUCCCCACCUACAAACACGGGUCCGGGGACAAAGACCCGGAACGCAAGCCAGGGCAGCAUACCGCAGAUGCGCACCAUGUCUAUGGCUUCCACGAUCGCACCGUCGAUAGCACCGUCCCAAGCUGAGCGUACAGAGACCAUGUCUUCUUCGGUCACCCGUCCCAGCUCGACGCAGACCACGAACAGCAACAGGGCUUCUGGCCAGUCCCAUGUUGGGCCUAUGGCUCCCCAGCCACAAGGAGAGAGGCAACGACGAGCUCCUCUCGUCUACCCCGCGCUGUUGUCACGUGUAGCAACUACGUUCAAAGACAGAGUGCAGAUAUCAGAGAAAGAGAAGGACGGUCUUGUCUACCAGAGCGCGUUUACCGGAGCCGAUGCUGUCGACCUUAUCGCGUUCAUCAUUAAGACUACGGAUCGGAACCUAGCACUCCUCCUUGGAAGGUCUUUGGAUGCGCAGAAAUUCUUCCACGAUGUGACGUACGCACACAGGUUGCGCGAUUCGACGAACGAGAUCUACCAGUUCCGCGAGACCAUGAUGGAGGAACAAGCCGAAGUCAAUGGUGUCUUCACGCUUCUCACUGAAUGCUAUUCUCCAACCUGCACACGGGACCGACUCUGCUACUCGAUCGCCUGUCCUCGCCGUCUCGAGCAACAGGCUCGCCUCAACUUGCGGAUCCAACCUGGUCUUAAGCGCGAAGAGUCUCACGCUAGUCUGCACGAAGACACGAAUGACGAGGAGCAGAAGCUCUGGAUCAACACGGUGCCCAAGGAUGUCGCUGAUAGCGUUUCGGACAAGGAAAAGAAGCGGCAGGAAGUCAUAUCCGAGUUGAUGUACACCGAAAGAGAUUUCGUCAAGGAUCUGGAGUAUCUCCGCGACUUCUGGAUGAAGCCACUCAGAAACCCCGCAACCUCACCUAUUCCAGAACAUCGCCGCGAGAAGUUUGUACGCACUGUGUUCAGUAACUGCCAGGAAGUCUACAUGGUCAACUCCCGCCUGGCAGAAUCUUUGACCAGACGUCAACAGAAAGAGCCUGUUGUCCGCAAUGUUGGAGACAUCUUCCUGGAGUACGUUCCUCACUUCAUUCCGUUCAUCAAGUAUGGUGCGAACCAGCUGUUCGGCAAGUACGAAUUCGAGCACGAGAAACGCACCAAUGCCGCCUUUGCGAAGUUUGUGGACGAGGUCGAACGUAUGAAGGAAUCGAGGAAGCUCGAGCUGAACGGAUACCUUACGAAACCGACAACAAGGUUGGCUAGGUAUCCAUUGUUGUUGGAAGGUAUUCUCAAGGCUACCGCAGAUGACAAUCCCGAUAAGGAGGAUCUACCCAAGGUUGUCAAGAUGAUCAAAGACACCCUGUCCAAGGUCAACAUCGAGUCCGGAAAGGCCGAGAACCAUUUCAAUUUGAUGCAGCUCAACAAAGACCUCAAGUUCCGUCCAGGAGAGUAUGUUGAUUUGAAGCUGACCGAUGAGAACCGUCAAUUGGUAUUCAAGGGCACACUUAAGAAGACACCGACCGAGACAACUGGCGACAUCACAUGUUAUCUCUUCGAUCAUGCUGUUCUGCUUGUCCGCACUAAGACAGUGAACAAGCGAGACGAACAAAAAGUGUACAAGAAGCCCAUACCUCUUGAGCUUCUAAUCAUUACCCAGAUGGACGAGAUCAUUCCUCGACUUGGCAUAGCGAAGAGGCCUUCAGGAACGACCUUGAUGGGCGCUGGUGCAAAGGCGAUUCAAGCCGCUGCACCAAGGGCUGAUGCAAACAAGCAGCAAGGCUAUCCGAUAACUUUUAAGCAUCUUGGGAAGGGUGGUUAUGAGAUGACACUCUACGCCAGUACGCCAAUCUCGCAACAGAAAUGGAUGGAGCACAUCGAAUCCCAGCAACGAACGUUGAGAGAGCGUAGCAACAUCUUCACAAAGUCUGUCAUCAACGAGGGCUUUUUCUCUGCGGCCAUCAGAGUUACUUGCGCUGUGCCUCUUGAUGGUGGUCGCAAGCUGGCUCUGGGUACAGAUGCUGGUGUCUACGUUGUGGAUCGCAAACCGAAGGAUGCUUCAAUGCGGCCCAAGCGAGUCCUGGAUACCAAGGGUGUCACGCAGAUUGACGUCCUCGAGCAGCACCAGAUCCUGCUCAUACUGGCCGACAAGACCUUGUACUCGUACUCUACGGAAGCACUGGAUCCUGACGAAGCCCAAGCCGCCGCAAAGCGUCCCAAGAAGAUUUGCCACGCCAAUUUCUUCAAGUCUGGUGUCUGCAUGGGCCAACAACUCGUGGCGUCAGUUAAAACCUCGGCGCUGUCAACGACCAUCAAGGUGUUCGAGCCGAAGGAGAACAUGACCAACAAGGCUAGGAAGUCUGGUUUUGCCAAAAUGCUCGCACAAGGACAAGACCAACUCAAGCCGUUCAAGGAGUUCUACAUUCCUACUGAAUCGUCGUCGAUACACUUUCUGCGUUCGAAGCUUUGUGUUGGUUGCGCUCGUGGAUUUGAGGUCGUCAGCCUCGAGACUCUGGAGACGCAAUCAUUGCUGGAUCAGGCUGACACAUCCCUCGACUUCGUUGUUCGCAAGGAGAACAUCAGACCAAUUCACAUCGAACGUAUGGGCGGCGAAUUCCUGCUCUGUUACUCAGACUACUCCUUCUUCGUCAACCGCAACGGAUGGCGAGCAAGACCAGACUGGAAGAUCACGUGGGAGGGCAAUCCGCAAUCGUUCGCUAUCUUCAACCCAUACAUACUUGCUUUCGAGCCUAGCUUCAUCGAGAUACGGCACAUGGAGAGUGGUGGCCUGGUUCACAUCGUUACGGCGAAGAACAUCAGGUGGCUGCACUCGUCCACACGAGAGAUCCUGUAUGCAUACGAGGAUGAAUUGGGCAACGAUGUCAUCGCCAGUCUGGACUUCUGGCAAGCGGCUAAUGGGCCUGGCCACAAGCAGUCUAUCGAGAGCAACCGGUACGACAAGAGCUAGAAGUCGCCGUCACCGCAGCAGGCACAAUCGCUUGGCCAGGCGCUAUAUCUGUUUCGCAUCAUGAGUCGCACUCGGUGUGGUUAUCGUCCCGCGUCCAAAUCAGGAUCCACAUCCGCUUCGAUACACUAUCGUCGACCGUCAAGUACUCUUCCUGGUGGACAGUACUGGAACGCGGACGUUGUUCGGCGCUUUGCUCAGGCCAGCCAUGGAAGACGAGAUGCGUCUGAUGCACGCGAUGCGACAAGAUCAGCGCCCGUGGGCUGAAGGUGGGGCGCCGCAACGAUUUAUUGGCACGAUGGAAGCUCACGUUUUCAAUCUAUCUACUUCUUUCGCUUUUGUAUAGUACGCAUAGAUGAGCGUGGGCUGGUGUAAAUCAGGGAGAUUAUAGGCCCGAGUCAGGGGCACGAUUGAGGCAUGUUCGACGAGAUACCAUGUCAGAUUAGCGGUCAUGAUAAUGGAACCCUUAUUGAUUGUUGUUGAAAU